AUCGCUGUGUUUCCUUCUUGUUCAGUGGAAAAUGUCAUCCGAGCAGGCUCACAGAGCUACUGGAGAGGCAGCGCUGCAAUUUGGUCGGCUGAGGUCAUUGCCCUGCGAUCUUCUCCAGUCUAACUGCAGCGGGACAGGGCAAAACUCUGAUAGGAAGAGACAAAGUGGAAUAUGUUGCGUGCAGAUACAAACUGGUGGUCUAAGCACAGCAGUGGGUUAUCCGCUGGACACAGUGAAGGUGAGAAUUCAGACUGAGGGGCAUUACAAUGGGAUUUGGCACUGCAUUCAGGAAACAUACAGGACAGAAAAAGUUUGGGGGUUUUACAAGGGUGUGUCUGCAUCAGUCCUCUCAGUAUCAGCGAUUUCUUCUGUUUCAUUUGGCAUGUACAAAAACUUCCUUUGUAACAUCUGCAAGCUGCGAUACGGGGCUGCAGACGCAAAGCCGUCCAAGCUGGAUGUUUCUCUUGCUGGAGGUGCUGCCGGUGCUGCAAGGGUUGUGCUGAUGACCCCUAGUGAAGUGGCUAAGGUUCGCAUGCAGACUCAGAGGAACCCACAUCCUUCCGUUGCAUCUCCCCAGCCUGUUUCCAAGCCAAAGUACCAAGGGUCUCUGCACUGUCUGAAGGUGAUCGCCAAGGAGGAAGGUUUUGGGGGUCUCUACAAGGGCUGCUCUGCAUUACUCUGCAGGGAUUGCUCUUCUUCUGCAAUUUAUUUCCUUACCUAUUCUGCUCUGUGUGACUGGCUUACACCAGCUGGGAAAAAUAAACCAGGUUUCUUCGUUGUGCUGCUUUCUGGUGGUUUUGCUGGAGUCCUGGCCUGGGGAUUAGCUACUCCCAUGGAUGUCAUCAAAUCACGGAUGCAAACAGAUGAAUCGGACCAGCACAAGUACAAAGGCCUUGUCCACUGUGCUAGGGAAAGUGUGAGAAAGGAGGGUGCAAAAGUGCUUUUCAAAGGACUGGGUUUAAACUGCAUUCGUGCCUUUCCUGUGAACAUGGUGGUGUUUGUAACGUAUGAAGCUGUACUGAGAUUUACAGAUCAUUAUACAAACAAAAAAUAGCUUGUGCCAUUCUGUUCAGAGGUUUGUUUUGUUUAGUUUGUUUUUUUGUAACACACAUCCACAAACAACUAUUGAACACCAUCUCCUUUGACGGACAGCGUAAGAAGCAUGGACAUUUCAGCACAAAGCUGGAUGACUGACGGCUUUGUUUUAUUCUUAUAGGACUACAAACUCAUCAGGGAGUCUUGGACUUAUAUACAACCUCCCUUGUAUCUUGUUAAUGUAUUUAGACUGUAGCCGCUGCUUAGGCCCUUGAAACAUUUGCAAAUAUUUAUGUUCUAAAAAGCUGGUAGUCUGAUCAGAGAUUUUGGUAAAGAAUUCAUUUUGUUUUCU